GCCGCCGCCGCCGGGACGCCGCCGGUCCGACCGCGCGUCCGAUGCGACGCGCACACCGGCACUGGAUCCCUGUGGACGCGGUGCGUUUCGCCGGGGCACACUUACACUCACACACACACACACGCAGCACACGCAUAAUCGCGAUCGCGCGCACGCCGUCCGCCGCGCUGCAGUUUUCGUCCGACCAGCGAUACACCGUCCGCAAACGCUUACCGGAGCGCACGUGCCCGGCACGAUACGACCAAAUCAUAAUAUUAUACUCAUUACUCAUUAGUAACAUUAUCUAAUAAUGAUAAAGUGAUAUUAAAACGGCCGCCACGCCACGCGUAUUACAAUAAUAAUAAAUAAUAAUAUUAUUUUUUAUCGUUAUAGUGCGUUGUAUAUUGUACACGCGAAAGUUAUUACAUCGUAUUAUAGCGACAGUGAAAUACCUACGAGAUUAGCCGCGCGUUGUGAAUCGUAACGUUAAUUCGCGUAUACACGCACAGCUACGACGACCACGACGACCACGACGACGGCCGCGACGGGCGCAGAUGUGCAGCGCGCGAUGAGCGUGGCCGCCAAAGACAAGACGAUGCCGCAGCGGUCGCCGUUCGCCAUACAAGAGCUGUUGGGCCUGACCGACAGCAACAGGAGCCCCGCGGCCGCCGUGUCGGCUGUUACGCCUCAGUACCCGCAACCGCCGGCGCCGCCGUCGGCGCCCGGGCCGGCCGGACCGUCGUCCUGCUUUACCGCUGACCGGGACGCCGGUCGGAUGCACCACCACGGCCACCAUCACGGCCAUCACCACGGCCAUCACCACCACAGCCACCACAGCCAGAUGGUGGCCAGUCGGUUCGCGUACUUCAACGCCCAGGCCGCCGUGGCCGCCGCGUUCCUGCCGCACAACAUGAACUCACUGGCCGCCGCCGUGGGCAUGACCGCCGCCGCAGCCGCCAACAACAACGGCGGAACGCCGCUAUCACUCACCUCCAACCACUCGGCGGCCGCCGCCGCCGCUGCAGCCGCCGCCGCUGCCGGAUUUUCGCAACUACAAAAGAAUCCUGCAUUCAGUCCCAAUAGCUGCAUGUCAGGGUUAAGUCAUUUAAACCAUCAGGAAUCAGGCAAAGACUACAGUAAUGAAGCAAUGACAACAUCAUUUGGUUCUAACAAGAAGAAGAAAAAAAGAAGGCACAGGACAAUAUUCACCAGUUACCAAUUAGAAGAAUUAGAAAAGGCUUUCAAAGACGCUCAUUAUCCAGAUGUCUAUGCAAGAGAAAUGUUAUCUUUAAAAACAGAUUUACCCGAAGAUCGAAUACAGGUCUGGUUCCAGAACCGACGAGCCAAGUGGCGAAAGACCGAAAAGUGUUGGGGAAGAAGCACAAUUAUGGCUGAAUAUGGACUUUAUGGUGCUAUGGUCAGACAUUCUUUACCACUGCCGGAGACUAUUCUGAAAAGUGCAAAGGAGAAUGAAUGUGUCGCGCCCUGGUUGCUCGGCAUGCACCGCAAGUCGAUCGAGGCAGCAGACCAGUUGAAAGACGACAACACCGUGUGUAGCGGUGCCAGUCAAAAAAGCGACAAGGAGGAAGACGAGGAGGACGACGAGGACGACGAAGAUGACGACGAGGAAAACCACCCCUGCAAGAGGCCGGCCAGGACCAGUCCGGAGAUGGCGACCGACAUGUCGCCGCAGCGGCACCAACAGCAGCAGCAACAACAACAAGACGCUGCAGUCGCGCAGGACCGACAGCAACAACAACAACAACAGCAACAACAGCAGCAGCAGCAGCAGCAACAACAGCAGCAACAACAGCAGCAGCAACAGUGCGCGGCCAACGCCGAAGCUCACCGGCGGAUCCAGCAAGAGAUACAGUCGCAAAUGGAGCAGCAUCACGCGGCCGUCAUGCAGCUGGCCGCCAACCGGGCGCAAGACUCGGAAGAGUUCCGGAACAACAGUAUCGCGUGCCUCAGGGCCAAGGCGCAGGAACACAGCGCCAAGAUACUCAGCCUGUCGGCGGACGCGCUCAUGUUGGUCAACAACAACGGCGGCGGGUUCCGGAGCCGGAACGCAGCCACCGCGGUGGCCGUGGCCGCGGCGGCUGCGGCGGCCGCCGACGUGGCCAUGGUGUCCGGCGGCGGCCAGGUGCUGGCCGACUGCGAUGCCAACGCCAACAACGUGAGAGGCGUGAACCACCAUCAGCAACAGGCGGUCGGCUCCGACAUAAUGGUCACGUCUUCCGACACGUCGUCGUCGCUGUUCUAGCCGCCGUCGUGUUCACCGCAAAACCUAUUAUAAUAUUAAUUAUACAUUAUUGUAUCAUACAUUAUUAUUAUCGUGUACGUUAUUAUUAAAUAAACAUUAAAAUUUAGAGUAGUCGCGUUUAAUGCGGAUAAUAAUAAUAAUAAUAAUAAUAAUAUGCCGAAGCGCAAUAACAGUUCGUAGGUCGCAGGGCAUUCGAUUAGCGGUUGACCUAACCGCGGUGUGUACCGGACGUCCGGUACUGGCUGGUAUCACGACGACGGUGACCUACAAAGUUUUCACGGUGUACACUUACACGUGCCUAAUUGCGCGUGAAAAAAAGUAAAAAACAAAAUAUUAAUGGUUUUUUUUUUUUUUUUCAUGCGAUCAAAUGUGUUAUCCGCUCGUUUUAGUUUAUUUUAUAUGAAAAUACACAACGCAAACUCGUGUUUGAUGAUUUACGAUUGGUCGUGUUGUAUUCUCGUGGAUAAUAAAUCGUAUAAGAGGGGAAUCCCUAAAAUAGAAAGGUUAAACUGUUCUGACGUCUGAUAAAAAAAAAAAAAAAUUAUGAAAAAACAAAUAAAUAGUCGUUCUGUUUUGUUAGUGAUCAGCCGCUAUACUAUACUUGCGCGCGCAUUCUUCGCGACGUUUUCAUUUUUAGCACACUACUAAUCACACGACGCGCCCGGAACGAGAAUAGUUGCUGUAAACUCUGAGACAUGAUAAUAUUAUUACGACAUCUUUGUGUAUAUUUGACCAGUUCACUUUUCCGUUAUUGGCAGAUGAUGAGUAUUGAUGCAUAUUAUACUAAUAUACUGCUGAAAAACGACUAUUCGGUACUUUUAUUAGUUAUCCGUGUGUUUACCUAAAUUUAAACUAAACCCGGUAGAUCACAUACUAUUGAAUCAAAGAAAACCUGGUCGGUAAACUAUUAAUCCUUAAAGAGUAUCGGUAGAUCAACUGCUAAAUGAAUGCCCAAUAGGUUGUAAGUUCGAAAUAAAUUUAAAAAUCAAUUCGGUAUACUAGCUCGUAUAAUAAAAAUUAUUUAUGAUCAAUGUGAUAUCGUCACGAACGCGCAAUCAGACAUUGGCCGUUUUUGUUUAUGUUUUUAAAUAAUUCCAAAGUCGUUCGGCGGUUGGACGAUACAAUAAUAUUUCGAUUGAUCGUCGGCGACGAAGUAAUUGCUGCGAAUUCACAACGAACCGGUGGCGCACACAUACGAAAAUGAUAUAAUCUGAGGGUAUAACCGCUUACCGCCCGCGCAGUUUUCAGCAUACAUUUCUUACCCCCGUCAAACCCUUACAAACCAACAGCCACCGAAAGCCCAUAAUAUCGUUGGCGCCAUUGCAGUGAACAAAAUAUUGCCGUAUCAUGCGUCUUCGGGAACUUCUUGUCCAAUUUUCACUUCGUUUCUCGGCAUACAAUAUCGACAAUAGCGUAGUAAUAAUUUUAAAACUUUUGUUUGAUUGAUUUUUUUUUUUUAUCUCAAAACAACGAAACGAGUAUAAAACGCUAAAUUGUACAUUAUUUUACGAUUAAUCUGUUUCGCCAGGAGACGAAAGUAAAAUCAAAUGCCUUCACAAUAUCCGUUCUCUAAAUUAAUAUUGUUGCGUAAUCGUUUACAUCACUGUCACCGUCGUCGUUCCCGAGUGUCCCUUACAGAAUCGACACACACGUCAAUAAAAUUAUUAUCCUCUGCCGCCCGCUUAUCAUGCUCUCCUAUAACAGUUGUCAUAUUACGAUGUAAGCCCCUUUUAUUAUAAUACGUUUAGUAAGAAGGAAUAAUUUUGUACAUAUAUCGUGCACAUAUAUUUGCGUACACGUAAUCUGAUGAUUAUUUUUUGUUAUUUAUUUUUUUCCUAUCCUUCGACAUUUCAGUAACGCUCUCGUUGCCCAGAGCGUGUUUAUACAUUCAAUGACAUACGAUUGAUGGGGUUCGGGAACGAUGACGGGCUUAAUCUUGACUUUUUUUUUAUAUUACUCUACCUGUUUUAAGCUUUUGGAAAUUUCUGGUACGAUUGAAGUAUCGCAACAGAAUAUUUAUUUACAAGUGGUAAUUAAAAACGAAUACUCUCUCCAAAUCAAUUGCAAUACGCUAUCAUUUAAUAUUUUACAUAAUAAGACGACUGAUAUGCCGAUUAUGGAUAAUAAACUAUGACAUAUAAAAUGUAAAUAACUACCUAUUUGUUUUAAACCAAUAAUUCAGAUUCAAAAAGUAAAUUUAAUACGCGAGACUUGAACCAUUGUAUUACUAACAAUGGACGAUGUGUGCAUGUGUGCGUUGUAAGGAGUGGUAUCUAAUAUCUAUAUCAUAUUAUGGCUAUCUCAUAUUCUCCAAAAAAAGAAUCCCAAAAUACGCCUUUGUCUGAUCGCAUUACGGAUUCUCAAAUAUUACAAUGAUUGUUUAUAACGGUUGCCAGAUUUAUUUCAGAUUUCGGAAUUAUAAUAUUAUUUUUUUUUAUAAAUAUCCGAUAAUCGGUUUAUAAUAAGUGAAAACCAUGUAAAUAUAAUAAUAAAAUAGUAUUUAUCGACGUGUUUGUUCGCUAUUAUUGUCAUUAUUAUUU